CGAGCUUUCUUUCCACCAGCGCCUUCGCAUCCCAUUGCAUCGCAUUGCAUCGCAUCGCAUCGAAUCGCAUCACAGCGUCCUCCCUCCGGCCAGCUCGCGCGAAUCCAGCCACCCCUCGUCGAUCGUGUGCAUCUUCCACCCUGACCAACACGCCCCCCUGUCGGCUGCAGUCGUGCAUCGAUCCGUCUCAUCCCAACUUCCACACACCCACCCAGGCGUAUCGCCUCUGCCAUCCAUCUCCCUCGCGGCAUCAGACCUUCCCGAUCUGUCUUCGCCGCCCCCUCCGUUCAUGAGACUGGAAGCCCUCGCAAUGCUUCCCUCCACCACCGCUCUGGGCUCGGGGGACCGACCAGCAACCCCUGUCAACAAGUCGCUGACCUCGUUGCUGCCAACCCAAUCCUGUCCAUCCAGCUCCUUGGGUUCUCCCUGUCGGCGCCCGUCGCUCCAAGUUGGCUCGGUCGCUGCUGGGAAUAACCUUGGGUCCAUCAGCCAGAGACGGGGCUCAUCGGCCCUGACCCUGUCGCUCUCUCGCAAGGGCCUCUCGCCCCAGCACCAGGAGCUCAAGGACCUCCAGAAGAACCUGAACCUCAACUCAUCCCUGCAGAUGGCCUCGUUUUGCGGCGAGCAGCUCUACCAUGUCAUUAAAUUCCGUCUCGGCCCCAGCGUUGUGCUGCAGCAGCCCCAGGUUGCAGAGCUGCGGAUACUGCUUCUCGACAUCUUUGCUAUCUUCAAGACCGUCGACUCGGGGCGAGCCCAUGCCUCCAUUGAUAUCACCGAUGUCUUGAAGAAAGUGCCCGACUCCCUCCUGGACCAAAGUCUACUGCCGCUGCUCCGGUCGCUGGACCAAUGGAUCCGUCGCAACCGCCCCGAGGCAUCAGCCCCGUCCUCGCCCUAUCCCGGAGACCAGGACAGAGCCGUCCUGCGCUACGGCGUUCGCUCGCACUUUUCAAAGGCCAUCGGCGGCUCGGCCGCCCUGGGCGACAUCUGGCUGUCGAAUCUCGUGCUGCAGGCUCUGAGGGAAGGAGCCGCCACAGACUUCCUGGCCGAGCCGCUCUUGUCGCCGUCAGCCUUCAAACCCGACUCGGCUGGUGGGCCCGUGCGUCCUCGUCGCUUCUCGCGGAAUCGUCAACUCAACCGAUCGGCCUCCGAGGAGCUCAUUCUACAGCGGCCGCCCAGCGAUGUCACUUGCGUCCUCAAAUCCGAGUCCUUUGACGACGAGAUGCCCGAUAACGAUGGAUAUCCAGGGUCGCUCGACUCCACGGACGCAAAUGCCGAGAGUCUCUUUUCAGCCCGCCCGUCCAGCCCCGGUUCUGGUAGCGACGGCCUCGGAAGCCCUACCAAUGGCACCGGCACAAGCACGGCUGGCCGGAUCGGCGGUAUCGCGAGUGAUGCCAAUGUCAAUACCGAAACUGCUCAGACAAGCGUUGCAGGCGGCGGCCCUCUGUCGCCUCAUCCCACACACCGCUCGCAGCAGCAAGAGAAUCCGCCAACACUCAUGUCCAUCAAGCUGGACCAGCUCGAACAAUGGGUCAUCCAAGUCCUGCGGAAUCCAGAGGGCUACUCGGUUGUGGCCCAGAACCGGGUUGCCGAAGCAAUGCACAUCCUCGGCCACCCGUCAAACCUCAAGCCAUACAUCCGCAAGUUUUAUAACCGCGAGCGUACCGGCAACGGAAAUGCCAUCGCCGUCCAUACUUCACCGCAAGUGCGGCUCUCGUCGCUCAUUCCGCACUCACACGACCUGCUUUCGGCCCUCGACCCAGAGCAUUUGGGGGUCUUCUCGUCCGACCAUAUCCGCCAGACCCUUUGGCAAAGCGAUGAGGAGUGGUGGCGAUGGCUCGACUGGAUCAACUACAACACAAAAACCAUCGUCGAUGCCUACGGCGCCGUCUCAUCGGGACUCCUCUCGAAGCGCGAUGAGGGCCUGAAGGAAAAGCAGAGCCGGUUGCGGGCGCCGACAACGGACGAGCUUCUGUUCCGGGAAAAGACCCAUAUCCUAGACAUCAUUGGCCGAUUCUACCGACAGACCUUGGCGCCAUCGCCAACCGCAGAGACCAACGAAAUUAUUGCCCUGUCGCUCAAUGUCUCGCGGUCCUAUGUUCGUCAUCAGCGAGCCCUCAUCGUCGAGCCAAAGUACCAAUGCUGGUGAACGAUCUGCCGGAAGCCACAUCUCCACGCGGCCUCCAUCUCCAACCAAGAAUCUCAUUUUUCAGAGCGGGAAUGAGCGGCCCAAUUCGCCCUCUCCACCCUCUAUCCCUCGACGCCAUCAGACUCAACCGCAGCUCCAGCGUUUUAUCCAAAACCACCGAUCGCUCGAUGUCAAUUACUUUGCCUUGAUAGCCUGGUGGCUUGGCCCCGUCGCCGUCGUUUUACUUUGUCGUCGUACCCCGUUUGCUGUCCAUCCGAUCCCGAUAGAGCUUGCAGGCCGCAAACAUCCUCCUCCUCAUCCGCACGAUGUCGCUUGUCCAUGUCCUUUGUCCACGUCCGUGUAGCUUUGACCGACAUAGCUGCAGUCUACGUCCGCACUCCUGAUACAAUACACUAAUCGCUCAC